AUGACUGCUGAAAAUGUGGAAAUCACUGGGAAGGGAGCGACCACCCAAGAACUAAAAAAGACGGAUUAUGAUCAGAUUUGGGAAUGGAACAAAACUGUCCCUGCUGCUAUCCGCACCCCGGUCCAGGACUUCGUCCACAUCAAUGUCGAAACCCAUCCCGAUAGCCCGGCUGUGUGUUCCUGGGACGGCAAUCUAACCUACGCCGAGCUAGAUGAUCUUUCUACGCGACUAGCAAACAGGUUGGAAGAUCGAGGAGUUGGCCCUGAAGUCAUCGUCCCGUUAUGCUUUGAAAAAUCAGCCUGGACAAUCGUGGCUAUGCUCGCCACUAUCAAAGCCGGAGGUGCAUUUGUUCUUCUCGACGCGAAACAACCCGAAUCUCGUCUUCGAGAUAUUGUCUCCCUCACAAAAGCCAGCUUCAUUAUUUCCUCGCUCGCACAGCAGGCAUUAGCAUCCAAACUUUUGCCCAACGUCAUACCAGUUUCCCAUGACAUCCUCCUUACGAUGCCAAUCACCGUUAACCCUACUCUUAAGAUCGACCCGGAGUCUACCCUCUUCAUCGUUUUCACUUCCGGAAGUACGGGGCUCCCGAAAGGCGUCAUGAGCUCUCACCAAAGCUUCGUAUCAGGAGUUCACUAUCGAAGAUCAGUUUUGGAGGUGCCAUGUCCACGUGUCUUCGACUUUGCUUCAUAUAGCUUUGACGUGAGCACAGAUAUCAUUCUAUCGACACUAAUGAUCGGUGGAUGUAUCUGUGUCCCAAGCGAGUCGGAGCGACAAAAUGAUGUUGCUGGAGCCAUCAACCGCCUUGAAGUCAACUCGGCAGAUCUUACUCCCUCUGUGGCACGCUUGAUUGACCCCGACGCCGUGCCCGGGCUCAAAGUUCUCAAGCUUGGCGGCGAGCUUAGCAGUGUCUCCGACGUCGCGCGAUGGGCGCCAAAACUCAAACUGGUCAAUGUAUACGGGCCCUCUGAGUGUUUGCUUAUCGCCAUCAAUGUUUUGACCGAGGGAUGUGACCCACGCACUAUUGGAAGAGGCCACGGCGCUGUCACUUGGAUCGUUGACCCGGAUGAUCACAAUACACUUAUGCCGGUUGGAGCAACAGGAGAACUUGUUGUCGAGGGCCCUAUCGUGACAAAGGGAUAUCUUCAUGACCCCGACAGGACAGCAAAGGUCUUCAUCGACGCCCCGGAAUGGCUACAAGAGGGUCAGGACAGGGAUAGACCAUCUGGACUUCUAUACAAAACUGGCGACCUCGUCCACUACAACCCAGGCGGUACUCUCAACUUUGUCGGUCGCAAGGACACCCAGGUAAAAGUUCGCGGACAAAGGGUUGAGCUCAGUGAAGUCGAGCACCAUAUCCAACAACAGCUCCUUUCACGAACAGGGAAACGCGUUUACCCUAUCGUUGACCUGAUCACGGCAGGAGGAACCCAGGGCCGUCCAACUCUAGUCGGAUUCUUCGCUUUGAGUCAAGUCGAAGCCGUGGAGCCCGAGGAUGCGCAGGAUUUACAACGAGCAUUGUGGGAUUUGACCACGGGUCUCAACAAGUCUCUUCUCAAGACCCUACCGCAAUAUAUGAUCCCAUCGGUAUACAUUCCCCUCUGGGAGUUUCCACUUAACACGUCCGGCAAAACCGACCGACGAAAAUUGAAAGAAACAGGCUCGUCGUAUUCACGUCAGGAACUAGCAGCGCUGCGAGCGCCGCCAUCAUCCGUGGCAAAUACAACUGCGAGAAACAAACUGCGAUCACUUCCGCGCACCGCCAUGGAACAGAGGAUACAAAGAAUGUGGUCCACCGUCUUGAAUCUUGAACAGUCUGAAAUUGCCAGAGAAGACCAUUUCUUCCAAUUAGGCGGAGACUCGCUCAAUGCCAUUCAGCUUACAACUUUGGCGAACAGUAGGCAGCUCGGUCUCACUGUUGAGGCUAUAUUCCGCAACCCGGUCUUGAGUUGCAUGGCCAUUGUGACCAAGCCGCUGUUGGAGCACCAAAUGGCUGGAAUGAAUAUUGAACACAGGAAUGGGCUCGCAAGCCACGUCGAGGUUAAGACUGAGAUUGCGAAUAAAGCAGGGUGA